UUUGUCCCCUUUUUAUCAUUUUAAUAGAGUGUUUGCUGAUUCUCUCGGCGUUGUUCAUUUCUGUCUCAGUGAGAGAAACUCUCUCUCUAGAAACCCUAUUGCACGUUUUGCAAUCGAACUCGACAAUGGCCAACAGCAACCUCCCUCGAAGAAUCAUCAAGGAAACGCAGCGUUUGCUCAGUGAGCCAGCACCAGGAAUUAGUGCCUCCCCUUCUGAAGAGAAUAUGCGAUAUUUCAAUGUGAUGAUCCUUGGGCCAACCCAGUCGCCUUAUGAAGGAGGAGUUUUCAAGUUAGAACUAUUUUUGCCAGAAGAAUAUCCAAUGGCUGCUCCAAAGGUUAGGUUUCUAACAAAAAUAUAUCAUCCAAACAUUGAUAAGCUUGGCAGGAUUUGUCUUGAUAUUCUGAAAGAUAAGUGGAGUCCUGCCCUUCAGAUCCGCACUGUUCUACUAAGCAUUCAAGCUCUAUUAAGUGCACCAAACCCAGAUGAUCCACUUUCUGAGAACAUUGCCAAGCAUUGGAAAUCUAAUGAGGCUGAGGCUGUCGAAACAGCGAAGGAAUGGACCCGAUUAUAUGCUAGUGGCGUCUGAUGAUAGGGUUCAAACUCAUGGCUCCAAAAUAACAAUUGUAACCAUUUUAUAUUGGAAAUCUAGAGGAAUUGAUUUAUGAACUAUUGGAAUUAAUAUUCCUCGCAGUUUCCAGUUACCUUUUAAUUUCUUCUCUUGAAAGCUGCCUUAUGUUUGAAUUUGUAUGAAUAUAUGCGUUGAUCAUUUACCUAUCUAACAAUUUAGAGCGUGCUUCAAUCAUCGACUGUGAAGUAAUUUGGUAUUCUCAACAUCAAAGGCCAAAAUUUGUGAAUUAGUUUCUGUUCUCUUUACUCAUCAAUGAAUCAUUCAAAGAUUUGAUUGGUUA